CCCCGCUCCGCCCCGCCCGGCGCUUUCUGUCCGCUCUCCCGCGCCGUACGGCCCGGCCGCGCCGGCUCCAUCCGCUCCCAACUUUGUGGUGCGGGGCGCGGGCGGCACCGCCGCGCUGCCCUCAGCGGGGCCGCCUCAGCGGGGCGCGGGCCCGGCCAUGGCCGGCAUCGGCAUCGACCACUCCAAGCUGCCCGGAGUCAAGGAAGUAUGUCGAGACUUCGCUAUUCUGGAAGAUCAUACCUUGGCCCAUAAUUUACAGGAACAAGAGAUUGAGCAUCACUUGGCCACAAAUGUUCAGCGUAAUCGUCUGGUGCAACAUGACUUGCAGAUGGCCAAGCAACUGCAAGAAGAGGAGGAUAAGAAAGCCCGUGCUCAAAUCCAGAAACACCAAAAAGAUUUGGAACGACAGGACUGUGAGAUUGCUCAGGAAAUCCAAGUGAAGCUUGCAUUUGAAGCGGAGGAGCGCCGCAGGCAAGAGGAAAAAGACGAGGAUAUUGCCCGUCUCCUCCAACAGAAAGAACUGCAGGAAGAAAAAAAGCGCAAAAAGCACUACCCAGAGUCCCAGGGACGCACAGGCUAUGAAGAGAGCUAUUAUGCAGAAAAUGGAGAGCAGCCCUGGGGUGACCCCAGAGAGCAGAUUUGUGACCCUCCCAGAGCACACAGUGAUGGCAGGUGCAGGCACCAGCGGAGAGAGCACCGAGGAGCCCCCUCGCCUGUGCCUGGCAGUGCCCCCAAACACGGGCACUCCGCCUCAGAGGGCCAUCGGAGGUCUCCUCAGCUGAGGGAGGCCAGCAAUGGCCAUCAGCAGGAGUGGAAGCCAACCAGCCAGGGAAGGUCCAGGAGACAUCCCAGCCUUGAUCUGGAAGGAGAGACUGAGCACCGAGCCUAUGAUCACAGCCAUAGCUGGGAGCCACGGGACAGGAGGACACCUGGCAGGGAGAGGGUGAGGAGACCGCUCAGUCUGGACCUGGAAUCAGAGCACGGACUCUCGGAGGAAACACGGCACAGCAGAAAGCCACCAAGGCAAGACAGAGAAAAGCACCUUCCCCUUCUGGAGAUAGAGCUGGAGGCGGAGCAGGAGAGCUGGCAUCGGGGUGGCAGGCAGCACCCUGAGAAACACAAAUCUCGCCAUCAGGGCCACUUGUCACAUAGGAUGGCACAUGAUGAGAAGCUCUAUGAUGCUGAAUCUAGAGAAGACCAUAGGAGGCACGAGGCAAGAGCCUACAAAAGGGCAGGACACAGGAGACACUCCCCCUCCCCUCAUGCUGUGAGGCAGGGGAAGGUUGGAGACUGCCAGCGAGACUCAGGCACUAAUUUGAGGGGAAUGAAACAAGGCAUGUAUGAUGCACCCCGAAUGGAACAGGAGCUGUCUGAUGCAGAGAUUGCUCGGAAGCUGCAGGAGGAAGAGCUCCUGGCUAAUGAAGCAGAUCAGAAGGCAGCUCAAGUAGCCCAAGAUGAGGAAAUWGCUCGGCUCUUGAUGGCUGAGGAGAAAAAGGCUUUAAGAAAAGAGAAAGAAAGAGAAAAGUCUUCCUUUGAAAAGAGGAGGCAUGAUCAAGAUUGGAAGCCUGAUGCCAGUGAGGCCACGCGCUCGAGGUUGAGGGAAGGGCCUGAAACUCAGCGACACAGAAGUGACAGGUCUUCAAGGUCACAGCCUCUCCUCGAUGACUAUGAACACUCUCGGUAUUACACAAACCAGCCCAGCCCCUUGCGCCAGAUCCCCAAACCUGAGCACUCUCCUAAAGGUUCCCGUAGGAAGCAGUAAGCUGUGUUGGCCUUUGCUUUGGUACUGACUCUUCUGUAGCAAACAUUACUGGAAUUGCCAGGCAACUUUCUCAAUUCCUGACCUGAUGGGAGGCCCACCCUCCACUCCCAGGAUCAUCUCUUUAAGUGUCAUCAUAUUAAGGAAAAUCGUUCAUUUCAAUUUCUCACUCGUCUGUGAUGGUUUGAGCAGUGCAGUAUAAUCUAGCUGCCACUGAGCUGUGCAGAUCAACCAGCUGGCUCAACAGCUCCUUCAUACAUUCUUUUGAGGCUUUCCUUCUAUUUUUGAGCUUUGGCUGGAGCUUUGACAAAUAGGACAAAUUGAGAUGCAUGUACAAUAGAGGAAAAUUGAAGAAAUGAGCAGGGUUGUGGCAAUGCAACAGAACGUCAGGAGUACAAGUCCUUCUGCAUUAGGAUAACUUAGCAAAGAGAAUUAUAAGAGGAAAUGUGUUUCUUCCUGUGUUGGAUAGGAUGGCUGAGCCAACCUGACAGUCAUAUGAGCUUGCAGGAAGGAGAAAGCAUUUUUAAACACAUACYAGCAAAAGCCAAACCCUGAGACUGGUGAGGAAGAAAUUGCUUAUGAAACAGAAUUUUUUAACUGCUGUAUUUCUUUCUAGGGUUUCCAACAAUGUGAAUAGAGUGUGUAUAGGCAUUUAGCUCCAGGAUAUAGGAUAGAACAGUUAAAAGGAAAGAAUUUCAACUGACAUUAGACCUUGUAUGCAUGACUUUUAAGAUUUGCUAGGGAGUUCAAGAAGCUGUGAGCUGUGGUUURGGUAGGCUCAUACAAACACAUCUAUAUGUCUGAAGGAACUUUUGUGGUCACCUGCUUUGAGCUUCGGUGUGGUAGAARCCAAGGAAUUUCACUGAAGCCAAGUAGGAUCUCCUGUAACUCUUAGCUCAGUUGCUGAUGCCCUUGAGUAGAGUAACUCGUUUCUGAGCUUGGAUACAUCUUGUAAACACGGGGCUGAAGGAGGGAGGCAUUGAGCAUCAAAUUCAAAUCUACAGUUUCAGGCAACCUGAGCCAGACACGGAGUGCCAAACAGUCCACACCAUGUCUGUGCUGACUGCUUUUCUUCUCCACUGCUCCGUCCAGCACCSCAGGCAGACUCCAGUCAGGAAUAACAAAAUCCUUGCUCUCUAGGCUGUAGCAGGGUCUGCAGGUUUGUUGUCUGUAUAGAUUUUCCCAUGCAGUGAUUCCUUCCACUCUUUGAAAAUAAUGCAGUGAUUCCCUCCUGGCUUGUUUUUCCUCCACUCUUUGAAAAUAAUUUUUCUCUUGCACAGAAUAGUAGCCUUUUCCCUUAGCUUCCUCUCAUUUAAAUUCUUUUGUCUUUUUCAUGUUUUUUCUUUUGCCAUUAUUUUCAGGUGUGUUUUUAAACUACAAAGCUAAACAUCUGGACACUGGCUUGGAGUCUGUCCUGCCAGGCCAGCGUGGUUAUUCAUGGGCCAGCCCAGUUCAUGGCAGUGAGCUUGGCUGCCUUGCCCCUGCAGCCCAACUUCCUCAGAGCCAGCACUGAGUCUGUCUCAUCGCCUCUCUGUUGUCUCUGGCAGCCACAGGUCAGUCUCUGGCUCUGCAGAGGAGGGGAGACACCUGUGCCUGGGGCAUGGAAACAUGGACUUGCCCUCCCCACUGUUCUGCCUGGRAAGGGGCCUUGACAGCUCUCUGGAGCUUUGUGGGGAGCACCUCUAGGAAACAGGAAGAGAUCAUGGCUGUCUGCUGUUUCUCUGGUGCACAACUCAAGCCCUGAGGCAGCUGUACAGCUUUAACCUUGGCUGUUGUCCUUGGUCARGGCAGUUACUGGGCCAAAUCACUGGGAAGACAGGGCAGCUCCUUUUUCACAUAAAUUCAGGGGCAAGUUUAAUACCACAUCACAAGCCCAUGUCUUGCCUUGACCAACAACUCGAGAAACUUCCAUCUCCUACCCCUCCGUGCCUGUUGGCAGUUCAGUAUCUGUGAAGAACCAUAUAACCCCUGUUAGAUCUCUCCUCCAGGGAAACACUAACCAAAAACCUUGCCAUGUAGGAUUUCGUGUAUGGGCAGAAUCCUGCUACCUGCAUACCCUUGCUUCCAGACUGUGAGCUCACCUGCCUGCAUGGGCCCCGAAGUGACUUGCAAGGUCUUGCUUGCUUGCYGCUGCUUCUCAGGAAAUAGCCCAGUCAGCAGCUAGAUUUUACUUCCUUGCCUUGUUCCCAGUUCUUGUUCUCUCUCUGUCCAUUCAGAAGUGUUGAAGUUUAAAAGGAUCCAGAAAAAUAACAACAUGGAUGCUAUUUUUUUCUUUUUUUUUUUCUUGUUUGAGAACUUGGCCCAGUGUGGCAACCUCAUCUACCAAGGUUUUGUUGUGUAAAAAUUAAUUUUUGUAUUUCAUGUUACAGUCAAAAUUUCUGUGCUGAAAAUUCCUUUUUUUUUUUUUUUUUUUUUNUGUGGGCUUUUUUCUUCCGUUGCCAUCAGAGUAAUUAUUGUUGUGAGAUGGAUGCCUGGUGCAGUUGUAAGAAUUAACACUUCUUACAAACACCCUAGUCCAGGCACUGCUGCUUGUACUACCUGGUGCACUUGUGAGAACUGGAUGGAGAAAAGUCCUACCGAAUCAGAAAGUGGCUGAGCUUGAGGAAAACUGGUGACUCUYUGCAGAAGGAAAGGGGAAAUCACCAACUAGGAAUUCAGCCCUCCAUGGGCCUCUGUAUCUGGCUGUGAUGGACUUUCUUGCACUGCAGUUGGCUGGUGUAGCUUUUGUCUUAAUCUAAUCAGAGAAGUUAUGAAGAUCCAGAGCCCUCUGACAUUUGAAGAACCUGUUAAUUCAGGAGGGAGGCUUGGGAGUAUCCAAGUUUUGGCUUCAGUGGUAGUGAGUAGAAAUGUGAGAGAAAACUGGUUAAUUUAGUUUAGAAGCUGGGUAGAGUCUGAAGGACACCUCAGUGCCUCCUCUGUGGGGCUGUAGGAUCUCCUUGGUGGACUCCUCCAGCCAUGGCACCAAGAGACAAGAGCCCAAGAAAAGGAUCCCAGGAGCAGUUGSUGCUUCCUUGGAUGCCUUUGGGGAGUGCUGAAUGCUUUAUGGGCUGCUCUGCUCUGUAUCCUCCCUUAAUCUUUAUCUUUUUAUCCUUACUCCCUACCUUUAUUCAUUUGCUGUCCCUUUUUCUCCUGUAUUAUUACUCCAUAGCCCUUGCAAAUAGAGGGGCCCUAAAGGUUUGUCUKGAAGGRGCAGAGGAAUGCUAGGAAUGGCAGCUGAGGAAAGCAGGGAGUAAAUGGGAUAAGAACACAGCAGUUUUUCCUCUGAUACGUGUUAGGAUCCUCAUGCAGCCAGACAGGUUAGAGACCUUCUCAUGCAAAGGUUGCAACUGGACUUGCAUAUUUAGUGACCACUUUUGGAAAGGGAUUCCAUGGUCCCACUGAAGUCAACAAGAGUUAAGAUCAUGGAUAAACAAAGAGCCACUUCCCUUGGGUCUCAGCAGCUGCAUCUCUACUGAGAGUCAAGAAGAUGCAGCUUGUGUGGGUGAGAAGCAAAAUCAGCACCUUGUACRUGUGUCCCUGGAAAGGGGCACAAUGAAGCUGAUCUUUCAAAAAGRAACACUCAGAGCAAUAUUUCUUUCCUAUGACAGAAAAAUGUUUAAGUUUCUUGAUUUUUUUUUUUUUACUUGUUUACUCUUACCAAGUUUUGGUAGCUUUGCCUAUGGGUUUGCUCUGGAUUUAGUAGCAUUUUGCAGCCCUUGCUGGGACCCCUGUCCAAUUGUUAGGGUCCUGCAUCCCUUUCUGAAYCUGUGCAUUACCAAGGCAUUCAGCACCGCGUGGAAAACUCAUCUCCUUGAAAUCCUGGCACUUCCUGACCUUCCUAGUAGGCACAUCUCAGCAGCAAGAGCUCUCACCAUCUCCUCACCUCCGUCCAAAGCACAAUGGCCUGCAGAAGAGGGGUCGGGUGACUUGGAGGGAUCGUGCCUUACACGCAGGGAUACUCGAUGUCUUCAGCAGGCUGACCUGAGUCACCUUGCUAUGAAACACUGUCUUAAUGUGGACUGUACAGCUGCCUGCAGCAAGAAGCAGUUUUCAUCACAGGGAUAGAUCCAACAGGUUGAUUUCAUYUUUUUUAAAGAACUUCAUGGGUUUGAACUUGGUGGGGUGAGGAAGUAUCAGCUGUUAAGGGAUAAAUGAAUUCUCAUCAUUGAAUUUCUCCUCUUGGGGAAGAAGGAUAGAAGUUACAGAUGCUGCAUUCUGCUUCUCUCUAUAAAAGGGAUCUUGUAUGUACAGUAUUUUUAUAUCUCUGCAUUCCCACCUAUCAGGAUUUGAAUCAGGAUUGGUAACAUUCUCUACUUAUGGAGAAAAAUGGGUUGUUAUUUUUACAGUGCUAGACCUCUGUUUAUUUCGUGCCAAAUUACAGCCACUGUUACAUUCUAGUGUUUUCAUUCAUUUUAUUGCUGUUGAUCAAUGUGUAUAUUAUAUAUUUUUAUUAUCAAGGUUUUUAUUUUAAUUCAUAUCCUGUAUGCAAACUAACUGUGGAUUGCUAAUUUAUCUAUAUGUAAAGGGGAGCACUUGGAGACAGUGUGAGGAUUCCCCUACUUAGUUUACACUCUUGUAAUUGAGCACAGCCAGUCCACGAAACUAAUUUCUUCCUUCACAGAGCAACCUCCUGGGUGUUUGUCCCCYGAGCAGAUGGCUCCUGCUGUCCCUCCUGGCAGCAGUGACACUGCAGGACUGGGUGAGAUGCGAUAGGAAUYGGAGCACAAUUCCCAGCUGAGCUGUCCUGUGCCUGGCAGUGGUGCCAGGGCGGGUGCUGCAGCAGGGAUUCCCAGCAGGAUGGGGGUGUCUUUGGGGUUUGCUCUGUAUCCAUCCCCAGCCGAUGGACAGUUGAUUAUGCCCCAGUCUCCCAAGAUGYUCAGGGCUUAGUUUUGCAGUUGCUUUGGGAGGUGGGUGAGGGACAUUGUCCCUUGCACAGAAGCAUGCCACAGGCAGCUUGUCUUCUUUUUGUUGCAGAGGACAGGCAUAGACUUGCAGAGAUCCCAGUUUACUGCACUCCYUCAAUGCAUCUGUGGCCRUGCUGCACUGCUGGGGAGACUGGGKGCCACUUGGACUGCCCUGCCCAGGACAGGCUGUGGGRCAUGGAUUUCAUGUUCAGGAGCUGCCCCAGCCUCAGCUUCUGGGCUGGAGAUACUAUCAGCCACCUCCUCCCCAUCAGUAGCACAGGGCAAGGCUUAGCUGGGCAGAGUCCCAGAGAGGACAGUGGCACACACAARUGAGUAUUUUCUACUUCAUGGUAAACAAGUUCCACUGUAUCAGUGUUCACUCAAGUAGACUCCAUGGUCUGUCUCCAGCUGCAUCUGUGCACUGCAAUAUAGUUAAUUGCCUCAGAUAAAUAACUGCAGUUGUCUCAUUUAGCUCUUCAGGGUAAACUUUCAGCCUGUUGAAUCUCAAUAUUAGCCAUGCGAUGWGGUGGAUUAGUCAGGAGGCUUAAAUUCCUCAGAGCUGCAAGUGUAUCCUGCGUUGUAACAGCUAAUCCUUAAAUAUGAAUUGCACACUGACAACAAUCUGUCUAUGCAAGCCUAUUCUUGGUUUUAUUUUUUGACUGUUCACUCUAUAAUUUUACCAGGUUUGGCAUAGAACUUCUGAAUGACAUUUAACCAAAGUAUCAUGUCUGUGUGUGYGUGUAUGUAUAGCAUGUUUUGCUUCAUACUCCUGAAUUGUCAUUGAAUGUAAAGGGAACAUUGCCUUGCCCCRUUUUGUUCAAUAAACCGCUGUAUUUUGUUACCCACCUCA